AUGAAUAGUGUGUUAAAAGGUAAAGUUUUAUUAGAUUCGACGGAUACUAAAAUAGAGCCUCAUAAACAACUACAAGGUGACGAAGUGUUGAUUAUUUAUAUUGAAGACAUUUCAAAACUAAGAGAUGUACAGCUACAGCACACGAAGAAAAAUGGUGGCAUUCUUCUAGGUGAGACAAAAAUUCAAUUAAAGCACGAUCAACAAUUUCCUAUUGAAUUUACCUGCGAUUUUACGAAGCCUCAAAAUUUUGAUCAGUUAUGUGUCGAUGGAAAAAUCGUGGUCGGUGCUGAAAUCGAUUCCGAAAGCCGAGAAAUGCAAAUGUAUUGGGAAAAAGCAGGGCCGGUAAAAUUUCAACAAAAUAUUGAACUGACUGUCACCUAUAUGUAUUGA